UACACUUCCCAGACGCCCAGGAACUACUUCCGUGUUGAGCGGUUCAAAAGUCGCUGAUUGGCUGGGCGCCGCAGCAGAAGUCGAGGUGAAGGGGUUUGUUGUUGUCGUCGUCCUGAGUCUGAAGCGCCGUAGUAACAGUUUCCACCUUGUGCAGUAUGGACGCGUUACAGAGGCACAGGUCUCUCUACAAGGGCACCACUCCACCAUGGAAAGAGACAUACAGAAAGCGGUGCGUGGAGAGACUGAAGAACAGUCGGUCCCGGUUACUUGAGAAGUACCGUCAGAUGUCGGACUGCACUGGGGACUCUAAGAGCUCUCUGCUCGUCCAGGAGGUCAUGGAGAUGGAGUGGAAUGCCUUACAGUCAGCCAAUCAGUCGCUGCCUUCACUGUGGGGGAAAGAUGGCAUCAAAGACAUGUACAGUGACAUGCAGGAAUAUGAUGAGCAGGCAAUUUUAGAGGAAAUUCAACAGGAGCUCAUGUCUCAAGAACGUUCUAUCAUAGAGGAAUACCACAAAAGCCAGCAAUACGAAGAACGGUAUUUAAAUGUAGUCGUGGAUGGAAUGGAAGAAGAAGGGAAGCUCAUAUGUCCUGUGUGUCACGUGAAUAACCUAACAGUGAACAGUCAUUUUACAUCAUGUCCCUGUGGCCUUUAUAUCAACACUAUGGGUAGGAAUAUAACACCAGAAGUACUCCAGCGUCUGCUUGAGGCGAGGGUAACCGAACACAUGGAAGACUGUCUCCAGAACCCCGUAUUCUCAGUGGCCUCCAACAUGGAGGGUUCUCCUAACCUUAUGAUAAGCUGCAAGGCGUGUGAUUACCUCUCUGUCGUCCUGUGACCAUCUUCUGUGCAACAAUGAGGAUUAUGGGAGUUGAAGUCCUGUAACCAUGGGAGUUAUUUCUCUCUAAAUAUUUUAAUUUUAUUUCUGUGAAAUAAUAAAGCUAUGUUAGUCAUUUAACUUUUAAACACUUGCUUUAACAGUAUGGUAUUUAUGCAGGGGUGUAGCUCUUGCUGCUACUUAGGUCAAGGUUGCUCUGAGCAAUAGGAAAGUGAGUUAUUCUGUACAGUUAGUACAAAUAUAAUAAUGCGUAUCACAUAGUGACUCAGAAUUCUUAAGAUUAAUAGAUUUAAAAAAAAAAAAAGUGUUUUAAGCCAAAAAAGUUUCUCAGAGUAUCUCAAAACCAUUGCAGUUAA